AUGGCCACCUCAACACAGGCUCAAGCCCAGGCGAACCAGGGCAGCUGGGGAGCUUUCCUCAAGUCCAUCGCCUCCUUCAACGGCGACCUCUCCUCCCUGACCGCGCCGCCCUUCAUCCUCUCCUCCACCUCCCUGACAGAGUUCUCCUCCUACUGGUGCGAGCACCCCUCCAUCUUCGCCGCCCCUGCGAAGGAGGCCGACCCCGCCAAGCGCGCCCUGCUCGUCACCAAGUGGUUCAUCACCACCCUCAAGCAGCAGUACGCCUCCCGCUCCGAGCAGUAUGGCAACGAGAAGAAGCCCCUCAACCCCUUCCUCGGCGAGCUCUUCCUCGGAAAAUGGGAGGACGAGGCCGGCACCACGGAGCUCAUCAGCGAGCAGGUUAGCCACCACCCGCCAGCAACAGCCUACUCCAUCACAAACCUCCCAAGCGGCGUCCACCUCGAGGGAUACAACGCCCAAAAGGCCACCUUCUCCCGCACAAUCAACAUCAAGCAGAUCGGCCACGCCGUCCUGACCGUCCCCACCCCCGAAGGCAAGAAGGAAACCUACCUCAUCACCCUCCCCGCCCUGCACAUCGAGGGUCUCAUCUUCGGCGCCCCCUUCAUCGAGCUCGAGGGCACCUCCUUCAUCACCUCCUCCACCGGCUUCACCUCCAAGAUCGACUACUCGGGCAAGGGCUGGCUCUCGGGCAAGAAGAACUCCGUCAUCGCCUCCGUCUACCCGACCGGCAAGGAGAAGGACGUCGCCUACAACAUCACCGGCGUCUGGACAAAGUCCUUCGAGGUCCACCAGGGCUCCGCCAAGCACAACUCCUCAAAGACCCUCCUCGAGACCUACGACGCCGCCGAGCACCCCACCUCCAAGCUCGUCGUCGCCCCGCUCGACAAGCAGCACCCCCUCGAGUCCCGCCGCGCCUGGAAGGGCGUCGCCGAGGGCAUCGCAAAGGGCGACAUGGACGCCGUCUCGCGCGAAAAGUCCGCCAUCGAAAAGGCCCAGCGCGAGCUCCGCGCAAAGGAGAAGGCCGAGGGCCGCGCCUGGGAGAGGCGGUACUUCACCGACCGCCAGGCCACCGCCGACUCUGUCCUCGAGACCCUCGGCCCCAACGUCGGCCUGCCGCUCAGCGGGGACGCCGACAAGACGGGCGGGCUGUGGCGCUUCGACGCCGAGAAGGCGGACAAGGUGCGCAGCCAGGCGCCGUUGAGCCCGGAGGACCAGGCCAAGAUGGCCGGCGAGAUUCUGGGCCAGUAG